AUGCACGGGGAGGCGAGGCAGAAAAUAGAGGAGGACGCCCAGAGUGGAAAAGAAAAUCAACCGCAGCAAGACGUACCUCGCCAUGUCCAACAAGAGUUGACAAAUCGCGGGAUUGAAAUUGGCGCAGAUGGCAACGUUACUUGGGCCGAUGGAGCACUUGCACAUCCUAGAAAUUGGAAAAUGCCGAGAAAGCUGUACGAUACCGGCGUUCUUACCACAUUCAUUACGAUCUCGUUCUUCUUCGGGCAAGCUGCUGGCGGUCUCUUGUUUCCGCCUUACACCGAAAGCUUUGGUCGAAAACGUACCAAUGUUCUCGCUGCCGUAGCCUAUGUCGUGUCCUGCAUCGUGGUUGGGGCUCCCCAGUCCUUGCCAGCGAUCAUCAUAGGACGCUUCUUCAAUGGCUUCCUUUCAGCGUUACCUACCGUCGUCGGAUCGGGAGCAUUGGAGGAUAUGUGGAGUAUUCGACCCCGAGUGUGGGCGAUUGACACAUGGAUCAAGGGCUCCAUCAUUGGCAUCGCUGUCGGACCUGCGUUCGCGACAUAUGUCAGCACUUCGUUAGGCUGGCCAUGGGUCUAUCACAUCUCAGCAAUCUUACUCGCAGGCAAUUCCUUUCUGUUCUUAUGGACCAAGGAGAGUCGACCCAGCGUCGUGUUGAAGAGAGAGAUCGUUUUAGUGGAAAGAACCACAGGCUUCCGAGGUCUUCAACAGGACAAAGCUGAUCACGUCCCUGACCUUAGCACUUUUGCGCGGACCAUGCUCUGCAGACCUGUCCGGUUCUUCUUCACUGAGCCCAUCAUCUGCACUGUCUCCAUCAUGAGUGCUGUCAUCUUUUCGUCCGUGUAUCUUCAGACGGAGGGUCUGACUGUCACGUACCAGGUCUUCGGCUUCAGCGAGCGCGAGGCAUCGCUUGUGUACUUGACGUGGAUCAUCGGCCUGAUCUUGACCAUUCCUCUCCGGCUGUUUGACUGGCAUGUUCUCUCCGCUCGUAUCCGGCAGCGCAAAGCCAUUACUCCAGAGGACAAGAUUACGGGCUUCUUUGUCGCAGCACCGGUCUUAUGUGCUGCGCUUUGGUGGUUUGCAUGGACGGUGCCGCCUUAUGCUCCGACCAUCUCCCCAUUCGUCUCCCUGGCUGCCCUGAUACUGGUGGGAGCCUGCCUCAAUGAGUUUGACGGCAUUCUGCAAGGCUACCUUACUGACUCCUAUGCCAUGUAUGCUGCAUCUGCAAACGCGCCUCUUGCGGUCAUCCGGGGCAUCCUCAGCGGCGCGUUCCCAAUAUUCGCCAGGCAGAUGUUCACGAACCUGGGCAGCAACAUCAGCACUUCGAUCUUGGCGAUUAUCGCAACCGUGUUCGUUGGGAUAGCGAUCUGGUUUUGGUUCUAUGCCGCGAAAAUCAGAGAAUCCAGUUCUUGGGCUGUGAGUGUAAAUAGGAAGGAUGAUGGCGAAGAAGAAAGAAAGAACAUUCCUAAGCCAUUACAAUUAGCAUAA